AUGCCCGCUUUCCUACUCAUCGCUAAGCGCGCAGCAGAUCCUAUCUAUAACGGCCUGGCCGCAAGGGACUACGCCAGUUCUGUGAGCAACUACAACAAUGCCCGCGGAGUAAUAAGUGGCGGCAUCAUCGCUGUCAUAGUUAUUGCGAUAGUCUUUGUUCUCGCAGUUUUCAUUGGCGGAUGUUGUAUUUACAGCCGCAAGCAGGACCGGCGAAGACAACGUCAGGCGGAACUGAACAAAUGGCAUAAAGACCAUCCUAAUUCAAACACAUACGAAUACAGCAAUACGAGCUCGGCCCCACCGCCACCGGUCGACUAUGCUUACGGAGCUGGAGUGACGAACACUACAGAUGUCAAAGAGCCCGGUGCUGCGUAUACUGCCGCACAUCACGGAGCCGUUCACCACGGUAGCGGCUUUUCCUCGGCCGUUGGUGGAAACAGCGGAGGUGGAACUAGCUAA